AUACAAGCAUUCAAGUUAAGAGAGCAAAAGUCACAAACGUGGCAACACGGAAAUGGACGCAUCACGCGUCAGAGGUUAGUUCGUUCAGUCAUAAGUUAACUCAUCCUACUCUUCUCGGCGUCUCUAUAAAAUCCUCUUCUAGUUUUCUCAUAGGAAAAACACAACACAAUACACAGAAACAGAGUUUUGAUUGGUUAGCUAGGAAAAGAGAGAAAACAAAAGCUUUGGAAAAUGGAUUUGCCACGUCCUUCUUCUGGUCAGGAUCAAACAGAGGAUCCGACCCAGAUUCACCAUCCAGAGGAAGAAGAGCAUCACGAGAGUCGAGCAUCUAGAAUGUUGGGGAAAGUAAAGGCAAAAGCUAAGAAGCUCAAGAACAGGCUUACUAAUCAUGGCACUGAUGGCAACGAGCAAGACCACGAUGUGGUGGAUGAAGAAGAAGAAGAUGAUGAAUCUGACGAGGCAGAGUCAGAGAAGCAUGUCGCACCAGUAAAUGAAGUUCCCAAUGUGAGAGACUAUAAAACGAGCCAACCUGAAUCUUUGACUCAUCCCGGAGAAACUAAUGUUCCGGCGCCGGAGGAGAUCAUUCUUUCAGAGACGAAGGAUUCAACUGAUUACACCGGAAUCAUCCCCGAACCAUCACGAGAUGCUGCUUACGAACAUGAGGCCCCGUCUUAUCCUGUAAGAACAUCAGAUGUGACUCAUCACGAGCCACUGAACACUCCCGUCUCGCUACUCUCUGAAACAGAGGACGUGACAACUCCCGGUGAAGAUGGGUUGCUCGGUGGUCAACGAGAAGUCAACACCGAUAUGCCCAAAAGAUUCGAGGACGAUCUGAGUGGUGAAUCUGAUUAUCAGUCUAAGAUUCCGUAUCACACCCAACAAGUUAAUGUAGGGAGUGGGGAAGCUGGAGAAGUUGAUCAUAAGAAGUCAGGACUAGGAACUGAGCUGGCGUCCGAAUCUGUAACCGUUUUUGGCGGGAAACCAGAAACUGGGCCGAGGGAUGAUUUUCCGGCGAAGGGACGUGAAUUUGAACAGACGAUCGGAUCUGGAAUCGGAGAAGAUAACGGCGCUGGAAAAGAAGGAACUGAGCGGAGGGAAGAUUUUUUGGGGAAAAGCUAUGAGUUUGAUCAGGAGAUUGAAUCUACAUUCGGCAAAGAUUCACCCACCAGGCUUCCCGGAGACGAAAUUUUUCCGACAAGAAGUGAUGAUAUGGAAGUCGAGAUUGGGUCGGGAAGAGGCUUGCCGACAGAAACUGAUGAUGAUCACUUCUCACCAGAAUUUUCUGGUCCGAAAGAGAGAGAUGAUUUCGAUUCGCAGGCUGAGCAGACAAGGUACGAGGCGGCAGAGGUAAAACCCACCACCUACUCAGAGAUGAUUGGUUCAAGUACAGGUUACUCCAGCGGGCAACACGAGAGUCCCGUGAGUGUCGAGACAGUUGCUGAUAAGUUGACUACUGAGGACGAAAAUGUCAAAGAAACUGCAUCGCCUGUGACGGCGAAACUGCCUUUCUCUGGCGAUGGGAGUGAGGUGGAUGAGACAGAACAAGGGGAAGACAAAUUUGUGGCGAGUAGAGAUCAUCUGGAGGAGAAGCUGACACCUGAAGAAGAAGAAGACAAAGCGUUUUCUGAUAUGGUCGCCGAGAAACUUAAUCUUGGAGAAGAGAAGCAGGCAAAGAUAAAGGAGGAAGUAGCCGAGGAGAAGAUCCCUUCCGACAAGUUACCGGAGGAGAUAGAAGGAGGUGAGGCGGUUCAAGAGGAAGGGAAAGAAGGAGGAGGAAUAGUGGGGACGAUUAAAGGGGUGUACAACUAUUGGCUCGGUGGUACGGAGGAGGUGAAGCCGAAAUCUCCAAAUUCAGUUGAAGAGUCAUCACAACCACUUAGCCCCUCCGUUGGGACUAAAGGAUUUUCGGAUUCCGGUGAAAGCGGGUUGGGAGAGGCAGGCAGUACUGCCGGAGCUGUGGCAGCGCAGAAACAACUUUGAGAAUCUGGGAACUGAGAUUUGGGGUUUGCUAGUACUAAAUGAUGUUUGUGUUGGUGUCUUUGUGUUGUCACUUGAUGUAUUUUGAUAUGAUGUAAUCCUUAUUUGUGUGUUAAGAGAAUUAAAUAUAAGCUUGGAAUAAGUUCUUCCUUA